AUGGCACACGAAAACAACUAUGAGCUCUCUCAUGUCGACAAAAUUGCAAUGCCGAUCGUGGUAAAAGCCUUCGUUAUCUAUGAGCUAGACCUUGCCAUCAACCGCAAUGAUGUGAUCAAUUCUAUCACUGAAGGGCUGGCAAAUGCGACCACCCAAUGCCCGUUUAUGGCAGGGAAAAUCUAUUUCAACGACUCUGGGAAACCGAUUAUCAAGAAGCUCCCCAACGACCGACUGCAGUGCACCAUUCAAGAGUUUGCGCCCAGUGAGCAUAAAUCUUUUCACGCACUGCAGGAGUCCUGCUUCCCGCCCGAAGAAUUCAACAACGAUCGGCUUCUUCCCAGCUUUCCAGUUAGCGAAAGACCGGUCAGUGCUCUGCAACUGAAUUUUAUUGAGAACGGUUUGAUCCUUGCAUUUGCAAUCAACCAUAUAGCCGGGGACUGGUCAUCCAUGAAUUCGUUUUUAUCACUCGUAUGUCAGGGCAGCAAGGCCUAUCAACAAGAUCUCAGUAUGCCAACAUAUGCACCGGACCUCAACCGAUCUCCUUUUAACGGAGAUCCUCAUACAAAUAUCCCCCAAAGCAAACUUCUUAAGGGCUGUCCGGGGUUCUUUGUUGAUGAAAAUGCAUUCAUUCCUCCUAAAAUGCCUCCCCAAUUCUCCACGGGAAUCUACAAAAUCACCAAUUCGGCUGUCAAACGACUCAAGCAAGAAUGCACGGAAAUGCUCAAUGGAGUUGACUAUGUCACGUCCUAUGAUUGUAUUGCUGCCUUGCUAUGGGUAACUAUCACUCGAGUCCGAGCUCAAUUGAACCGCGAAAAUAUUUCAUUGCAGUCUCGUUUCCUCCAUCCCAUUGACCUACGCUCACGAGACCCUGAGCACAGAACAUCACCACGUUACUUCGGUAACGCAGUUUUCCCAUCACAAGCAGGCCCAAUAGAUGUUGAAACACUUCUGGCACAAAAGGGCCUCGGAGCUGCAGCAUCGUUAAUUCGAAAAUCGAUUAAUGAAGUGAGUAUGGCUUCCAUCGAGAAUCUAACUACGCUUGUGGCGUCUCUUGCGCCAGCUGAACGGCUAGGUUUCCAUGCAAACUUCUUUGAUAUGGAUGUCUUGUUCAAUAGUUGGUUUUCUGGGAAGGCAACGGAUUUUGCUAUUGGAUCUGGCCUGGUGCCUCGGGCGUUCAGGACCCAUCGGCCCAUUACCGGGGCUUGUUGUUUGAUUUUGCCAAACUUCAGCUUGGAAGAAAUUACUAGUAGGCUGUAUGAUAUUUUUGUGCAGUUGGAUGAGAGGGAGCAUCGGCUUCUUCGUCAAGAUUCUGAAUUUUUAGAUUUCUUUGAGAUCAAAGUUUGA